GGGAGUGGCUUAGGUUUCCAAUACCUCUGUAGCUGGAGAGUAAUGAUUAACUUCCUUUCAUGUUUUAUAAACUAUCCAGGUGAGUCCUUAAGAUCAGUUGGACUCUGUCAUGUUGACUCGGGGGCAAUGUGAAGAAGUUAAUGCAAUGUAUCUCCAGCUUCUCGAGAAGACAAAGAGUUAUAGUUCAUUCAAAUUCUAGGAAUGGCCGAGAAUUCGCCUCUCAAGUCUUUUGCAUGUAUUAGUGAAAAAAAGUACAUCACUCGGAGUCAACUUGAUUCAUUAUUGAAAACGUAUAACUGUUACUUUAAGGAUCAAAAGAACUUAUAUAUAACUUAUGACCAAGAUGAAAGUGGACAAAUUGUUGCGUCUGGACUUAUUGAGAUUUUUUGGGGUGUUCAACGGCCAAUCAGAUUCAAAAUGCAAGAUGAGAAAUUUCUCUCCUCUGAAUCGAUUCAGCUGCCAGAGGUUAUUGGUUCCAGCAUGACCAAAAGUGGAAUGAUGCGCUGGGGGGAAUUUGAUGACCUUUACCGUAUUACAGAAAUAGAGGAGCAAACACGGCAUUCAGAUGAAGAAAUGGAUGAUAACAAAGACUACAGAAGUUAUGAUUUUGACAGCAGCACUCUGAAGCCUUCCUUCAAUGAUAGUGCUCCUGACUCACCAUCAUUGUACAGAACUAUGAGCGAUGCUGCCCUGGUAAAAAGGAGGGUUAAACCCAACACACCUGACAGAGAACAUCUACAGCAACAUAGGUUUUCCAUUAACGGACACUUUUACAACUAUAAGACCUCAAUUUUUACUCCAGCUUUUGGAUCGGAAACAAAAGUUAUGAUAAACAGCAAAAUGACAACAAAAGAAGUAAUUGAGCAACUAUUACACAAGUUCAAGAUUGAAAAUAACCCCAAUGAGUUUGCACUGUACAUAAUCCAUGCCUCAGGUGAAAAGAAAAAAUUGAAGAGCACAGAUUGCCCAAUUUGGGAACGACUUCUGCAAGGCCCUUCAGGAAAAAUAGCGAAAAUGUUCCUUAUGGACAAAGAAGUAGAAGAAAUUAGUAGUGAUGUAGCACAAUACAUUAAAUUUAGCCUACCGCUUCUGCAAUCAAUUCUGAAAAGGUUAAACGAAGAAGAGGAAAGGGAAAUUAAGAGAACUAUUGAUAAGUAUGUCAAAGAAAAGUCUGUACUGCUACAGUAUCUUAACAGCAAAAUUACAAAAAGGACAGAAACUACAGUAUAACCAUAUUUUAUACAAGAUUGUCAAGCACACUCCAACCAAAAUAUUUAUAGACUUUUUAUAUAUUUGCAUGGAUGUUUAUUUAGGAUUCCAGAGGAAAUCCUUCUGAUUUCAUAUUGGAUGGGAAAGUGAAACACAGUAUGAAAAAAGCCCAAAUUAACUUCUUAAAUAAAAGCAUUUGAUUGGACUUUGGUAAUAUCAAUGCUAACUUGUGUAGGUCUCUCUUUUGUGAAUCCAUUUGUUGUAAAAUGUUAAAUGUAUCACAUAAGCCUUUUUGAUCUUAAUUCUGAAGCACUAAUGUCAUGAAAAUGAAGUUGUAUCGUUACCCAGCAACAAUGUUUGAUUUUAAGCGUCUUUUCAUAAGCAACGGUAAUCUCAACUUAAUGUUGGAUAAAGAAACUAUUUCAAA